AUGUCGUCGACAUCUAGGAUACCUAUGAGCGAGCUCAACGCCGCCGCUCUUGAGCACUUCGUCUACAAGCCAGUCAGCCCGGCAAUGAUACAAUAUCUAGCACAAGCAGCAAGAGACGUCAUCCAAUGCGAUCCUAACAUGAUGCCCCCGCCGGCUCACAAGUCGCAAUACCCCUCGCCACCAAGGACACCGUCGCCCAAAGCCGUCCGAGUCGACGACAGCGGUCUACCGACCUUGGAGGAGUUCAUCACGCAACUAGUCCGCUCAUCUAACGUCCAGGUCCCCACCCUCAUGUCCACGCUAGUCUACCUAACCCGUCUGCGGUCCCGCCUGCAGCCCAUGGCCAAGGGACUACGGUGCACGACGCACCGGAUCUUCCUGGCGGCGCUCAUCCUCGCGGCCAAGUACCUGAACGACAGCUCGCCCAAGAACAAGCACUGGGCGACGUACAGCCACAUGAGCGCGGGCGGGUACGGCAGCAGCUUCGGCUUCAGCCGGACGGAGGUCAACCUGAUGGAGAAGCAGCUUCUGUUCUUGCUCGAAUGGGAGCUACGCAUCACCGAGGACGACCUCUACCGCGAGCUCGACCCCUUCCUGGCCCCGAUCCGCGACCACAUCGAGGCCUCGCACGCCCGCCGCAUGCAGCGCAAGGAGGACCAGCGCAAGAUGCGCGAGGCACAGGCCUGGGCCGCCGCCUCUUCUACUCAGUUCCCUACCCCGCCUUCGUCGCGCGGCAGCUCGCGGGCGCGGACGCCGCCCGAGCAGACCAUUCGCAUGGUCCAUGAUGAUAACAUGUCGCCGCCGCAGCUGGUGUACAGCUCAUCCGCCAGCAGCAGCAGCUCUUCCUCCUACGCCUCGUCGCUGUCGUCACGCCAGCACUCGCGCUCGUCGACGCCGUUGUCCGAUCCGGACGACAACAGCUAUCUGUAUGAUGGCUCCCUGUAUGCGUCGCCCGUCGAGGUCGUGCUCGACAUGCCGCCGCAGUCGGCUGCGACCACGAGGGGCUACCCAACGGCGGGAGGCAAGAGCACGAAGCAGCUCCUCCCCUACGAGAUCAGCGCGGACGACCUGCGCGCCCUUCAGGACGGCAGCGCGAAGGCGAAGCGCGCGAGGACGGGACGCGGGAUGUGGGGGCGCAUGUUCGGUGGCGGGAUCGCCGUGCGGUGA